UAAGAAAGGCUUGGAGAGAUUUGAUAGUAAUAGUUCCUUAAGCUUGUUGCUAAAGCUCUGACAAGUGCCUGAACAGGAUCAUUUCUUCUCUAGACCAUUGACCUCUAUAUUGUGGCCUUAACUAAAGAAAASUUGCUGCACGGUUUUGUCUUGCGUGGAAGAAGGCUAACAACACUGAUGUUGUUUUUUUUUCCACAUGGAAUUUCCUGCCUCAAGGAGGACAGGCUGCGCUGAGAGAAUAAAAGGCAGCAGCAGAAGCAGAAGGAACACAUGGUGCAGGCACUUCAAGCUGAACUGCAUCUCUAAGACCAUAUCCAGCAAACUAGCAAAGGAAAGCAGCCACCGGAAAGUAUCAGAAGACUUCUAUAGCACCUGGCCAUCACAAGGACAAUCUUUGUCUGCACAAAAGAUAAAGCUCUCAAACAUGGUUUGCUUGUGGUUCCUAUCUCUUCUUGUUUAUGGUUUUACUAUGUUGGAGGAGGUGAAUUGUUGGACCUACCAUUAUUCAGACAUAAAUAUGACCUAUGACGAAGCAGAGACGUGGUGCAAAGACAGGUAUACCAACAUGGUUGCCAUUCAGAAUAAGGAGGAAAUCAGCUACCUCAAUGAGUUCUUACCCUUCAAUCCGGGUUACUACUGGAUUGGAAUCAGAAAAAUUAAUGAGAUUUGGACCUGGGUUGGAACUAACAAAGAACUGACRGAAGAGGCAGAAAACUGGGCCUUGGGUGAGCCAAAUGGUGAAGGCAACAACGAGGACUGUGUUGAAAUCUACAUCAAAAGAGGAAAGGAUGACGGCAAAUGGAACGAUGCACAGUGUGAGAAAAAGAAGGUCGCCUUGUGUUAUACAGCUUCCUGCAACCCAUCUCUCUGCAGUGGCCGUGGGGAAUGUAUAGAGACCAUUAACAAUCACACCUGCCACUGUGACCCUGGGUUCUAUGGGCCUGAAUGCGAGUUUGUUAAGACUUGUGACACCCUAAAGGAACCUGAUCAUGGGAGCCUUAAGUGCAGUCACCCACUGAUGAACUUUGGCUACAGCUCAUCCUGCACAGUUCAGUGUGAAAAGGGCUAUGAGCUGACUGGAGUAGAAUCUGUCCACUGUACCUCCUCUGGGGUCUGGUCUGCAUCCCUUGCAGAGUGUAAAGCUGUGACCUGUCCUGCCUUGGAAGUUCCUGCUCAUGGUAUUAUGAACUGCUCCCAUUCUUCUGAGGAGCUUACCUGGGGUGCUACCUGCAAGUUCWCCUGYGAGGAGGGAUUUGCCCUGACAGGACCAGCCACCCUGCAGUGUGGGUCUUCGGGGGCCUGGGACAAGCAGCAGCCAGCCUGUGCAGCUGUGAGAUGUGAGGCUAUAACCUGGCCGGAGGAAGGCUUUGUGAGCUGUGACCAUGCUCCUACAGAUCUCACCUAUGACUCGCUCUGUCGCUUCCACUGCAACAAGGGCUAUGCUCUGCAGGGUCCAUCCAGUGUCCGCUGUGUGGCAGCGAAUCGGUGGUCAAGCCUGUUUCCCAAAUGCAAAGCGCUGACCUGUCCUGCCCUGGAAAAGCCUGCUCAUGGUUUUGUGAACUGCUCCSAUUCYUCUGAGGAGCUUACCUGGGGUGCUACCUGCAAGUUCWCCUGCGAGGAGGGAUUUGCCCUGACAGGACCAGCCACUCUGCAGUGUGGGUCUUCAGGGGCCUGGGACAAGCAGCAGCCAGCCUGUGCAGCUGUACAGUGUGAACCACUGAGCUCUCCUGAGAAUGGCUUUGUAGACUGCUUGCAUGGUGCUGGGAGCUUCACAUACAGCACAGCCUGCCACUUUAGCUGUGCAGAAGGAUGGAGCCUGAAUGGUUCUCAUGUUCUUGAGUGCAAUCAUUCAGGAAACUGGAAUGCCAGUCUGCCCACGUGUGAAGCUUCUGAACAAGGCACCUAUCUCUCAGUGGGCAUUGCAGCCACAAGUGCCUCUCUGCUUUCCACAGCAUCGUUUCUCCUUUGGCUUGCAAGACGUUUUCGAAGGAAAGGAAAGAAAUAUACACCUUCCAGUAGCUGUCAGAGCCUCACCAUUGAAGGUAGCUUCCAGAGUGCUGGUCAUAUCGUCUAAAUCCAGACAUUUCAGGAACUGAAGCCAUCUCUACUUAUGUCCCAGAGAUUUAUAGGAAACGAAACUGCAUGCAGAUCAGCAGCUGUCCAGAUGUUUUUACCUCUUGCUGACAAAAUGAUUUACGUUGUUUUUUCUAAGACAUUUUGAACUCAAGCUGCCUGAUAUUUCCAUUGAAGAUAAACAAGCAGAGGGCAAAACUCUGGCCCUCUGGCAAAAUGCAGUCUACCUUCAGUCAUGCAUUUGUUUAAAACUGGGAGUUUGCCAUCUCUUUGGAUGGGGAGUGUAUACUAAGCUGCUGCUGCUUAAAGAGGAGGCUGGUUUCUCCUCUGAGCUACUUGAAGGUACUUAAAUAAGGUGAAGACACUCAUUAUCUCCCACCACUUACUGUGCUGCUGGAAAGGGUUAUAUUUGCAGGGACAGAAUAGCUGGAAAAAAUGUUCAUUGAAAUACUUCGAAGCGUUUGAUUUGGCUUGUUGCYGAAGUCAGCUCAUUUUAACAGGACAUCAGUGAAUAUGCCUGUAAUCAUAUGGCUGGUUAUUUGUUUGUUCUCUUGCAUGUCCUAAAAGGAUUUUGAAAUUUAAACUCUUGUUGUAGUAGCACUAAGUAUUAGUGUUCAUUCCAGGUACUCUGGUUUAUGAAUGCAGCAAGUAGAUCUGAAAUCUUUUCAUCCCAAUGGGAUUAAGCUCUGUAAUGUCUUGUUUMUAUAAAUAUUUAAUUGUACAUUUUGUUUACUGUGGGUAUUUCUGUACUAUUUAACUGUAGAAGUAUUGUAAAAUAUCUGACCCUGGGUAGGUCUGUAGCCAUUGAUCUGGACCUGGAUAACUUGAAGACUUUUUAUUUUAGAAAGUUUAAUGCCAGUAUAUUUGCAAAUAACAUGGAAGCCCUGUUUUUUAUAUAUUACUUUAUUGUAUACUUG